AUGAAGAAGACGUACUACCGCUAUUUCCCCACUGGAGUUGGACUCUCCUUGUUGAGUUUUGUGUUAGCUAGCUUAGCCAUGACCACCACAAAUGUUACCACUGAUCAAUUAGCACUUGUUGAUUUGAGAGAUAAAAUCACUUCAGAUCCGCAUCAAAUUCUGGCAAAAAACUGGUCCCUUGCAACCUCAGUUUGUGACUGGAGAGGAGUCACGUGCAGCUCUCAUCACUACAGAGUGAUUGCCUUGAAUAUCUCCAAAUUGGGUCUUACUGGCACAAUUCCUCCCCAGCUGGGGAAUCUGUCCUUUCUAGUGUCACUGGAUAUGAGCUGGAACAACUUCCAAGGAGAACUUCCCCGUGAAUUGACCCAUUUGCGCAGGUUGCGGGUCCUUAAUCUCACCGCUAACAAGCUAGGUGGAUCUAUUCCCUCUUGGGUCGGUUCCUUGCAAAAACUCCAUUACUUUUCUCUCAAAAACAACAGCUUUGCAGGUUCUAUCCCACCUUCUAUCUCCAACAUGUCCAACCGUAUUCGCCACUCCAUUUCUGCCUUUACAACUCCUCCUACGCCGGCAAUUACCACUUUCGCUGCAGCGUCCGGAUGGAGUACUCUGAUUUAA